AUGCUCGUCAAGGUCGGGAAGGACCACUACCGUUUCGUGCGACCGAAUGGGAUCGUUGUCAUGUACAACCUGGACUCGCUUGUGGACUACUUCAUCUCGACCGGGGACUUCCUGGAACCGGAAACCCGGCUGCCUUUUUCGGACGACCAGCUCCGAGACAUCGACGGCAAGGCGAAGGCGGCGGGACUGUCGAAGCCGAGCGUUCUAGCCGCCAAGCGGGACCCUGGCCGCUACGCCGAGCAGAAGUUCCAGCAGGAUGCGCUCGUGGGCUUGGAGCGGAUGACUUCCGAGCUGGUGACGGGCAUGCUUCUGGUCGUGGAGGAAUGCGAUCGGGAGGAAGGGGAGAUUCGCCUCGUGGCGGAGAUCUUCCCCCCCUUUGCGGAUCUGUUCAAGCAGAUCCUGGCGGCGGACAAGGCCUUCGCGCUGCAGUGCAUGCAGCACUACAGGUCCUGGCUGGAGGGCCCUCCCAACCGCCCUACCGAAGACGAGAUGGGUUUCCUGGACAUCAUCAUCAGUUUCCUUAAACAGCUUGAAGACCCUGGAGGAAAUUCUCAGCUCGGAUUUUAA